AAAUAAGAUUUAAUAACAAAAUAAAAUAACAGGGGGGUUUCCAGACAGCAGGUUAUGUGACAUACCUGGGUAUGUUUAAGGGUAAGUUCGUGGAUAACCUCAACUUUCGGUUCCAAAAACGGAGGCCACUUUCUGGGUAUGUAUGUAACCAUAGCAACUGACUCUCUGAAGAUACCCUGCCCGGGAGGAGGUUAUGUUUCAGGGUAACUUCGUUGCAGAAGUGUGAGCGAUUCAGAGCAUGUGGGAAAGGCCACUGUGUGUAGAGCUGUUCGUACAGUAUGUGUGGCACUUAAACAGUACUUACCCACCUUGGUGCAGUUCCCUGGACAUAAACCUGCUUGUUAUUAAAGACGAACUCCACAGAGUGGCAGGGUUUCCAAAUGUAUUUGGGUGCAUUGAUGGCACUCACAUUCCUAUUAAAGCUCCACCAAUAAAUGAGGGAGACUAUGUUAAUAGGAAAUCUAUUCAGGUAAUAUGUGAGGCAACCCAAAUCACUACCAAUGUCGAGGCAAAAUGGCCAGGAUCUGUGCAUCAUGCCAGAAUUUUCCGCGAGUCGUCAUUAUGCCAGACAUUUCAGCAGGGACAGUACAAUGGUUACUUGCUGGGGGACAGAGGAUACCCUUGUCUGCCCUAUUUAAUGACACCUUACCCUGAACCUGAGCCUGGACCACAGACACGGUUUAACCUGGCUCACAGCCGAACAAGGCCAAGGUGGAGAUGACUAUAGGAUCCUCAAAUCUCGGUUUCAGUGUCUGCGUGGGCUCCGGGUUAGUCCAGAGAGGGCAUGCGACAUUAUAGUGGCUUGUGUUGUGCUUCACAAUAUUGUCACUAUAAGAGGAGAGAGCCACCCUCCUUGUAUUGAGGAAGAUGGCCCAGAGGAACACCUACAUUUUAGAGGCAAACAGAGACGGAAGACUUUUGAGAGACAGGA